CUCCUGUUCUCUUACUGCAUUUUCGUCUACUUUUUUUCCAUUUUUCUUUUUCAAUAAAAAUCCCCCUUGCGCUACACAGAUUACAGAGAAACCAAACGCCAGCCGGGGAGGAUCGGGUUCCUGUUCCCUUGUUUUCCGAGACGAAGUUGAAACGCUUUGAGUUGGAUCUAAGUGGGAAUUGACAGGACUGGUUGGCAUGGCUUCCAAGCGGAUCUUGAAGGAGCUCAAGGAUCUUCAGAAGGAUCCUCCUACUUCCUGCAGCGCUGGUCCUGUUGCUGAGGACAUGUUUCAUUGGCAAGCUACAAUCAUGGGCCCUCCAGAUAGUCCUUAUACUGGUGGAGUUUUCUUGGUUACCAUCCAUUUUCCGCCAGAUUACCCAUUCAAGCCACCAAAGGUGGCUUUCAAGACAAAGGUUUUCCACCCAAACAUAAACAGCAAUGGAAGCAUAUGCCUUGACAUUUUGAAGGAGCAGUGGAGUCCUGCGCUAACAAUUUCCAAGGUGUUGCUUUCAAUCUGCUCUCUGUUGACGGACCCAAAUCCUGAUGAUCCCUUGGUACCAGAAAUUGCACACAUGUACAAGACUGAUAGGAACAAAUAUGAGAGUACUGCAAGGAGCUGGACUCAGAAGUAUGCUAUGGGCUAAGCCUGCUUGGGUAUGUGCAAGGGAAGGCAUUGUGCUUUCAAGUAUCUUGGUCUUUGCAAUUUAUAUUUGAAUUAGUUGAUUAUCUCGAGUUGUUAAAUUGGAAAUGGAGAAGUCCAUGUCCUGAAUGGGAGGGAGGAAAAUCAUGGAGUGUGCUGUUAAACAUUUUUUCUUUAUAAUGUGAUCUGUGAAUGAAACUGCGGAAUUACCUUCUCUCCCAAUUAAUUGCUUGUGUUAUGUUC